AGCUGAAAUUGGAAAAGAUGAAGUUAAUUGUUAAAUGAAAUGGGAAAUAACAAUUGAAUUUAUUGUUACAAGUUCCUUAUUUAUAUUGGUAAAAAUCACUGCAAAUGUUAAUCUACUCAAACGAGUUUUUUUCCCAUUCUGGUUUCCUUAAAGAAAAACAUUCAACCAGAAUUCAGGUCAUUAAGUUUCCUCAAUUAAUGUCGUCAUUAUCAUCAUCAUCAUCAUCGUCAUUGUUUAGACAGAUUUAUUGAUAGUGUUGAUUCAGAUACGAUUCUGUUUUUGCAAAGUGAAUAGUUAUUGAUGACGAAUUAGAAAUUGGUGAUUUUUACCAUUGAAAUUUAACCGAAAUUCAUGAUGAGUUCAAGUGCCGUUAAAAUGGUUCUGGAUACAAGUUCAUUGGAUGAUAUUCUGUGUCUACCUCGUGACUGUCCACUCGAUAAGUAUCGUUCUAAAGCCUCAUUUGAUUGGAAGAAGAUGAAAUUAUUAUUGGAAGGUGAAUCGGCGAUCAAAUUGAAGUAUAAAAUUUGGUCAACAAUGGAAUCAGAUGAGAUAUUUCAACAGAAACCAUGGACUGAAAGAUCUCGUCAUGAGGAAAGACGGAUAACAUUCAUGAGAAUGAAGAAAUUGAAUGAAUAUCAAUUUCUAAAAGAUGAAGAUAUGAUCGAUGAUCCAUUUCUGGUGCCCGCUUUUAUCGCUUCACUAAUGCAAUAUGACGCAAGUUUAUGUGGUAAAAAGGUGAUGGCUCAAGAUAAUUUUAUCCAAGGCUUAAAGAUCAGUGGAUCAGCUCAUCACCGACGAUUAAUCAAUGAGAUUGAUUCUUUCAAUGCUUUAGGUGCAUUGACAAUAACCGAGAUGAGCCAUGGAUCCAAUAUAAGAGCAAUUAGAACUCAAGCAAUUUAUGAACCAUCGAGUAAACAAUUUAUCCUUCAUACACCAGAUAUUGAAGCUACCAAAGUCUAUUCGGGAAUUCUUGGUCAAACAGCGACUCAUGCAAUCGUUUACGCUCAGUUAAUUACUCCUGAUGGUCAAUCUCAUGGUCCUCAUUCAUUUCUUGUACCAAUUCGUGAUAAGAAUACACUUUUACCUUAUCCUGGCCUGAGAGUUGGUGACAUGGGACCGAAAGUGGGCAUGGAGGGAAUGGAUAAUGGUUGGAUUAUCUUUAAUCGAUACAAAAUUCCGAAAGAUUCAUUGAUGAACAAACAUGCAGAUAUUUCUGAGGAUGGAAAAUAUAUCCUUCGAACUCAAGAUUCGAGGAAGAUUUGGUUCAUCAUUGGAAUAUUAUCGCUUGGAAGGAUCUUCAUGACUUACACUUGUACACUUGAUCUUCAACAGGCAAUUACGAUUGCAAUCAGAUAUGCUGCCGUUCGUAAGCAAUUUGGUCCUCCAAGUUCAAAUGAUUCGGAGUUGGAGAUAAUUGAAUAUCCAGUUCACCAAUGGCGUUUAUUUCCGUAUUUGGCCUCGUGUUUCGUUUAUCAAGUUUUUUUCAAUUCGUUUUAUGAAGAUUUCAUUAAUCUCUAUGCAGCUUCAACCUAUGGUUUAUCCUCUGAUCUUGAUUUGGCUUCAUCAGGUUCAGAGAUUCACGCGAUAAGUUGUGCCUCGAAAGCAGUUACAUCAUGGAUUGGACGGGAUGGAAUUCAAGAAUCACGAGAAGCAUGUGGAGGCCAUGGUUACCUUAAAUCGUCCCGAUUAAAUCAGUUACGUGUCGAUCAUGAUGCUAACAAUACACACGAAGGUGAUUGUAAUGUUAUCCUUCAGCAAACAUCAAACUUUUUACUUCGACUUUACGAUCAAAAGAAAAGUUCAACUUCGUUCAAAAUCUCAUCACCAUCGGGAUCGGUUAAUUUUAUCGAUAACAUUGAAACCAUUUUAUCUUCAUCAUCAUUUCCACCUGAUAACUUAUCCUCACUUUCUUCAAUAAUCUCAAUCUAUCAUUUUCUUGUUUGCUAUUUACUGAAAACAUCAAAAGAUCGUAUCAAUGAGAGUAUUAAAUCACGAGGAGGACAAUUAACUAAUCCAAGUGCUGACGAUUUAUGGUUCGCUAAAGCAGAGAAUCAAAUUUACCUACGAAACUUGUCAAUCUCUUAUUUUGAAUGUAAUUCAUUGGAAAGAUUUAACUCCUUUGUAUCUCAAGAUUUUCUACCUGACAAUUUAUCAUCGAUUCUAAAAAGAUUAGGAUUAAUUUAUGGCCUCUGGUCAUUGGAAAAACAUUGGGCUAACCUUUGUAUCUCUGGUUACAUUGAAGCGAAAAGUAAUUCAAUUGAUUCAGCUCGAUCUUUAUUACAACAAUUAUGUUCAUCAAUCAAAGACGAAGCAGUUUCUCUGGUCGAUUCAUUUGCACCAACUGAUUUCGUUCUUAAUUCAGUUCUAGGAAAUUCCGAUGGGCGAAUCUAUCAACACUUAUUUGAUUCCAUCACGAAAGCCGAUAAAUCAGAAGAAAGGCCCGAUUGGUAUCAAGAAUUUACCAUAAACAAACCGAAAUCACCAAUUCGAUCGAACCUCUAAUCUAAAAUCAAUUUGAUUCCAAUAAAGAUUUUAUAAUUAAACUAAUGAUCGUAAUCAAGUGAAUUGUUGUCAUCAGAUUGGAAGAUAAAAUGAAUGAGAGAGAAAGGAAGAAAAUUCUUCUGGCAAUUUGAAUAAAUAGGAAGAUAAUUGUUCGAUGGAGCGUAAAUAUCCUUGGUAUUGUUUCUAAAUAUUCGCAUGACCAGAGGAAAAGAGAAAAAAAGUUAUCGAGAGAAAAUGAGAAUUUUUUUCCCUUUGUAAGAAAAAACUUCUAUUAAAGAAAAAAGGAGAAACUGGUUAA